CUCUUCCUCUGCUCUCAGGCCGAGGCUAGGGGGAAGAAGAAACUUUUCUUUUGCUUUGACCAGGGCGUGUCCCCCCGAACGUCUCCGGCCCCUCCCAUUCUCCCCCCCCCCACACACACACCUUUCUCCCGCUCCCGCCCACGUCUCGGUCUGUCUCCGGUCUCCGUUUAUCUCUUAGUGUCUCUGUCUUGCUGUGUCUCCGUUUUUUGGUGUGUCUGUUUCUGCCUUGUCUCUGUGUCUCUGUGCUUCUGUUUCGCUCCUCUCCCUGGGUCUUUCUGUCUGCUGUGUCUGUCAUUAUCCCUGGGUUUGUCUUGUGUCUCCGUUUGUCUGUUAUCUCUCCUUGUUUUUGUCUCUGUAUUACUGUUUCUCUUUCUCCUUCCAUAUCUCUUGUCUUUCUGCAUUUCUCUCCCUUUGCCUUUGGCUUGCUGUGUCUCUAUUUGUGUGUGUGUGUGUGUGUGUGUGUGUGUGUGUGUGUGUGUGUUUCUCUUUCUGUCUCUGUCUAUAUCUCUGUGUCUCUCUCCUUGUUUCCCUCCCUACCCCCUGUCUUGUCAAGAUGAAGCUCCCGUCCAAUUUCCACUUGCUGCAACCUAGGAGGGCAUACGUGAUAUAGGGACCCAUUCUUCUCUGAAUUCCCCCCUCUAACCUACCUCCUAGCCCUUACCAUGUCCUGCCCAAUCAGCCAGUUCCCCUUAGGGACCAGGGCCAUGCUGGGCCAAAUGCUGUGGCUCUUGCUGGCUGUCUGGAUGCUGGCUCCAGUGCUGAGUGCUAGCCCACAGGUCCCAACAGACCCCUGCUAUGAUGAGGCAGGAGCCCCACAGCGCUGUAUACCAGAAUUUGUCAAUGCAGCCCUGGGGCGUGAGGUACAGGCUUCCAGCACAGACCCCAGGCAGACCCACCCUGCAGCCUUCCUGACAGAUGCAAGUGCAGCAGCUGACCGUACCUGCUGGCGCUCAGAAACACUGACUCGGACACCACUAAAUGUGACACUGACACUGCCCCUGGGCAAGGCCUUUGAAGUAGUCUAUGUGAGCCUACACUUCUGCUCAGCAAGGCCGGAUUCUGCUGCUGUCUUCAAAUCCCAGGACCACGGCCGAAGCUGGUCACCACUACGAUUCUUCUCCUCACAGUGUAACCGAGUAUACGGUAGGCCAAGCCGGGCUGUGGGACAGGCUCCUGCCCAGGCCUCUUUGGGCUCCAUAGUCCCUCGAGGCCCUGAAGCACUUUGUUCUGAGCCUCCACCAAGGACUGGUCCCCUCCUAGCCUUCAGCAUGCAGGAUGGCCUCCCACCUGGCCAGGACUUGGAUUCCAGUCCUGUACUACAGGACUGGGUCACAGCCACCGAUAUCCGUGUGGUGCUCACCCGGCCAGUGGGGCCAAGGGCUACAGAGGGUGGGGUUGUGGCACCAUAUGUUUACUCUGUGGGUGAACUCCAGGUGGGUGGGCGCUGCAAAUGCAAUGGACAUGCAUCUCGAUGUGUGGUAGACACCCAGGGCCGCCUGGUGUGUGACUGUAGGCAUGGCACUGAAGGCCCGGAUUGUGAGCGCUGCAAGCCUUUCUACUGCGACCGGCCCUGGCAGCGAGCCACAGCCCAUGAGGCACACGCCUGUCUGGCCUGUUCCUGUAAUGGUCAUGCUCGUCGCUGCCGCUUCAACAUGGAGUUGUACCGAUUGUCGGGGAGGCGUAGUGGGGGUGUUUGCCUCAACUGCCGGCAUAAUACAGCAGGGCGGCACUGCCAUUACUGUCGUGAGGGUUUUUACCGUGACCAAACCCGGGUCCUGAGCCACCGCCGUGCCUGCAAGGCCUGUGACUGUCACCCUGUUGGAGCUGCUGGCAAAACCUGCAAUCAGACGACUGGUCAGUGCCCAUGCAAGGAUGGAGUGACAGGCCUUACCUGCAAUCGCUGUGCUCCUGGCUUCCAGCAGAGUCGCUCACCUGUAGCACCAUGUGUCAAAAUUCCAGCUAUGGUACCCACAGGAGUGACCAGCACGGUGGCCCCUGAGGAUUGUGACUCUCAUUGCAAACCAGCCAGGGGGAGCUACAGGAUCAACCUGAAGAAAUAUUGUGGAAAAGACUAUGCGGUGCAGGUGGCAGUGGGCGCCGCUGAGGCCGUCGGUUCGUGGACGCGCUUCUCUGUGGCCGUGGUAUCCGUGUACAAGAGCCGUGAAGAGCGUGCGAGACGCGGGGAGAGCGUCCUAUGGGUUCCCGCUCGGGACCUGGCGUGUCGCUGUCCACGCGUGCACCCGGGGCACAGUUACUUGAUCCUGGGCGGGACAGCACCGGGAACCGGGGUAGGGGAGCGGGCGGGACUUACCGCCGGGCGGGGCAGUCUGGUUAUCCCCUGGCGGGAUGCUUGGGCUCGGAGGCUCCGGAAAUUACAGCGGCGGGAGCGGCAGGGACGCUGUGGAGGGGCCGCGUGACAGGGAAAGAAGGGAGGGCAUCAAAGCAGGGACACGGGUGGGGAGGGCCGCCGCUUGGGAACGUGUGUAAGUGAGCAGGAGCGUGUGUGAGGGCACUGAGUGGCCACCGAAUAGGAGAACUGGGCCGGAGAGGUCAUGAGGAUUCGGGGCCCUGAGAGAGUGGGCCAGCACCUUGGAGAGAGGGAGCCCUAGCCCGGAAACCCUGCUUGUAAAUACUGUAAAUACCUCGACCGCCGGCGGUCUUGGUCCCGCUGUGUGGUCCUUAUUGUAUCUGUCCUUGAGUCAUUGUACCGAGCUCUGUAUCAUUGUAUCAGUAGCUGUAUCACUUUAUGUAUAGCUGUAUUGCUGUAUCCAUUGCUGUACUGAUCCCUGUAUCGAUGUAUCCAUCGCCA